UUUACCGCUUGCCUGUAACCGGACGAGUGACGUAACAAGAUGGCUGUCGAUGGUGUAAACAUGAUCAACAUGUGAAAGCAGAUUUCUCAUUUUUUUCAAUUUGGAGAAUGGGGAUGAAAUACUGUUCAAUUAUUCCUUGGAUCAUUUUAAGUAGUUUAAGAAUUUCUCAGUGUGUGACGUUGCAUGUUAAGAGAUUAGAUAUAAAAUCGGAACGCAAUGAGUAGUAGAUCACACGCGAGAGACAGCAGCGUGAUUCCGCCGGUGAAGGGAAUAUUGCGUCAUGUAAAAUGGGAACACUUACUGGCCGGUGUGAGUGGAGGAGCGGCGUCGACUUUGCUACUCCACCCAUUAGACUUAGUGAAAAUAAGAUUUCAAGUAAAUGAAGGAACCCAUGCAGUGGGCCAUCACGUGGCAAGACCGGAGUACCGAGGUAUCGUCCAUGCCAUCAGAACCAUCCAGAAAACCAGCGGUUUCACAGGCCUCUACCAGGGAGUCAAACCAAAUGUCUUGGGCUCUGCCUCAUCUUGGGGUUUCUACUUCAUGUUUUACAACACUCUGAAGACAUUCAUGCAGGAUGGAGACUCAAAGGUAGACUUGGGGGCACGGAAGCACACCCUAGCAGCUUCUGGAGCAGGUCUGAUGACCCUUGUGCUGACCAAUCCAGUGUGGGUCGUGAAGACGAGACUGUGUUUGCAGUACGACACCAAUGCUAGCUCUAUCAAAUCAGAGAAAUACUACUCAGGAAUGUUUGAUGCCUUAUGCAAGAUUUACAAACACGAAGGGGUCCGAGGCUGGUACAAGGGAUUUUUGCCCGGCAUGUUUGGAAUUUCUCAUGGUGUCAUACAGUUUGUGUGUUACGAAGAAAUGAAAACCAAGUACAACAACUUCAAACAGAGACCAAUAGAUGAAAGACUGAACUCUGCGGAAUACUUGGCUUUUGCUGCCCUCUCAAAGAUUCUAGCUGCCACGGUAACUUAUCCAUACCAGGUGGUUCGCUCUCGUCUCCAGGAUCAGCACAGAAGCUACAACGGAAUCAGUGACAUUAUACGGCAAGUGUAUAGGUUUGAAGGAAUGCGAGGAUUUUUUAAAGGAAUGCUGGUCUAUUUGUUUCAUGUGACGCCUAAUAUCUGCAUUGUGUUUCUUGUCUGGGAACAAGUAGUGGGUUACAAUAAACCAAACUGACAGAGAGGACUGUAAAACACAGAAAUGUUCCGAAUGGACUAUAGGACCCAGUGUCAUGCUGUUUGUCACUUUACAGCUCACGGAGGAGAAUCUUGGUGCAUCCCCCGUUGGGGAGAGAAAAACAACUAAACAGAAAUAAUUUUUUGUUUGAAACGGCAUUUUAAAACUUUUCAGGGACCAAUAUUUACACCCAUGUAGUUAUAUGUGGGAAAUGAUGUUCAUAUAGUUUUUAUGGUGGGUACAUUUUAUAGUUGGUACUGUGUAAAAAUCCAAUAUGUGUUCUGGUUGAAGAUUUCGGAUGUGUAUCUUUAUAUGUGGAUUUUCUGUUGUUUACUUAAAACAUGCAAGUAUUUAUUUUCAAAGAAGUAAUUUUAGAAGUUUUUUUUUUAUACAUGUGUAUGUACAUUUACAUAAUGCUUUAUAUGAUCUUAAAGAAGUCUUAAUUUCAUGAACAUUUUCUGAGAGGUGUUAUGUAUAAUUAUAUAUAUAUAUAUACUGUAUAAUUUCCUUUAUGGAUAUUUGAUUCACAGAGGGCAUAUGAAUUUUUAUUUCUAUGGAAUUCACAUGUAAAGGGCAAAAUAACGCUUUUGUUUUUGUGGGAUUCACAAAUGGCAUAAUAAAGCUUUUACUUUGUUUCAUAGAUGUAAACGGCAUUUUCAACCUCAAGAAGCCUUUAGUGCUGUCCACUUUGAAUGCCUUCUCUGUAUCCACUGAGUAAUUUAUUUUAAAAUGAAGUAGAAGCCAGUUUGCACAUUGUGAUAAUACUGAAGUCUUUCACACAUUGACAAUCCUGUUCUCUGACAGAGUUGUCCCUCUUGUAAUUCUCUGUUACAGUUAUCCCUCUUGUAAUGGCGUAGUUUAAUAAAACUACUGGGUAUACACUUGCUUUGUGUGGAAUUAAACAAAGUAUAUAUACAUUUGUACAAUAUACAUUCCGUGAUUUUGCUUCUGAUGUACUGUGUGUACUCUAUACCAAAGAUAAUAAUAUUAAUAGUCAUGCCUUAAGAACAAACCCUAUACCAUGUAAAUAAUACUGAUAUAUACAUAAACAUCAUGGGGGGGGGGGGGGGACCUUUGUUUCAAUAAUCAUCAGUAUCUUUAGUUCUAGUUCUUUUGGGAAAAAAGUUUUUAUGCUUAUAAUCAGGAUUUGGACUGCUUGAUUUUAUCAUUGAUCAUGUCAACAAGUACGUAGUACCAUGUUUUUCGUACUUUUAUGAAUUUUCAUGUAAAUACAGCCCAACUUGCUUCAUGUUAAAGAUAAAACAUGUUAUUUCUAGUAUCGUGUAUUCAAUUGUUAAUUCCACCUUGUCGUUAUGUAUAGUGUGUUUGUACUUUCUAAGGAUGUUACAGUGUAUCAUGAUGGGUUUUUGGUUUUUUUACAUUAUUUGUGAAACUAUUUGACAUAUAUAGAUGGGAUAGUGUAUGAUGAGUGAAUGAAUCUGACUGAACUUUGAUGCUGGCUAACGGACAGUAUGAAAAGUUAUCAAUAUCAGGAUGUUUGUAAGCUGAUUUAGAAUGUGAAAGGACAAAUUUGUGUUUAUAGUGAAUUCUGUAUAUGAUUGUCUGAAUGGUAACAUGUUGGUUGAUUGAUUAUUUUCAGGUAUGAAGGAUUAUGGGCGUUUUACAAGGGACUUGCCCCUAACCUGUUGCGAGUCACACCGGCCUGUUGUAUCACUUUUCUAGUGUAUGAAAAUUUUAUUUCACUGUUUACACACAGGGCCAAGAAGUCCUGACCAAGUGCUAGUUUUUAUAUGUGACAGAAGAGAUUGACAUUAUGAUCUAUGUAAUAAUCUGCAAUGUCUGCGAGGUGUGCAAUUGUUCACAUUUUAAAAUACUCAUCUCUUUGUUCAUGUAUGUGUGAGGUUAGAGAUGUAUAUAUCCAGUAAGACGGGAAACUUACGAUGAGGAUUAACAUUGUUUUAUUUAAAUUUAUUUAAAAACCAUGGAUCAUGUUGAUGUGAUAUUGAUGUUUUAUGAUACAUGUAGGUGACAGAGUUGGUUAUCUUUGAAUCCGAAAAAAACCCCAGACGAAUGAUUAAAACAUUUAUGGCAAUAACA